GUAACGUCGCCUCUGACGCAAUCACGCAUCUGACGUACACCAGGAAGCCGGUAUUCCAUCAACAGAGCCGCUGUGUGAAAAUGCCCCCGCUCCCGCUCCCUAGCUGCGCGCGCCAUGGCCGGCUCAUCUCGCGGCUCCUGCUGUGGCGAUGGCAGAGCAGCAAAGCGCCCGGGCCGCAGGUCACGCAGCGAGAAACCCACGGAGGGGUGGUGACCUUGUCGUAUGACUUAUUUGAAGGAACUGCAUCAGAAGAAACUCCUUUAGUGUUACUGCAUGGGCUGUUUGGAAGCAAGUCAAACUUCCAAUCUAUUGCUCGGGCCUUGGUGCGCAAGACAGGUAGAAAGGUGUUGACGCUUGAUGCUCGUAACCAUGGUAACAGUCCACAUACUAAUAUUAUCACUUACCCUGCGAUGAGUGCUGAUGUGAAGCACGUCUUGGAACAUCUUCAUAUUCCCUCCUGUGUACUUAUUGGACAUAGCAUGGGGGGUAAGACUGCCAUGACCCUGGCACUGCAGGAACCUCAGCUGGUAGAACGUUUGGUAUCUGUGGACAUCAGUCCUGUUCCAACUAGCCCACAGUCUGGUUUUCCACAGUACAUUGCUGCAAUGCAGAGCUUGCAGUUGGUAGAAAAAGUGCCUCGAUCUACCGCCAGAAGACUAGCGGAUGAGCAGCUUAGUGCCACUGUGAAGGAAGAAUCAGUUCGCCAGUUCCUACUCACUAACCUGGUUCAAGAAAAUGAACAUUUCAAAUGGAGAGUGAAUCUUGAUGCCAUUUCUCACCAUCUGCAUGAUCUCCUAGAUUUUCCAGAAUUCAACAAGCCCUAUCCUGGACCUACACUGUUCCUAGGAGGAGCCAAGUCUCCAUAUAUUAGUUCAGAGAACUAUCCUGAAAUAGAACGACUCUUCCCUUUUUCCAAUGUGGAAUAUAUUCAAGGUGCCGGGCACUGGGUACAUGCUGAGCAGACACGGGACUUCCUCAGUGCCAUCUGUAACUUUCUGCAGGAACCAUAAUAGAACUUUGGCUAACUUGUGCCACAUGGGUUCAGAGAUUUAAUGAUCGGAAGGACAACAAGCCCUUGGAUGACAGAGAAGUUGUUAUCAGAAGAGAGGCAGUAAUUGAGAAGAUUUUACUAUUUGCAAAAAACAUCCUGUGUAGUCAAACUGGUACAUGAACUUGACAUAUUAAGAGAGAGAAAUUUGUCAGAAUGAGAUUUAGAUCAACUGUGUGUAACUUUUGUUUUUGUGUUGGUUAUGUUGGCUGCAUUUAUUAUCGUUUACAUUUCAUGCAUACCAUGAGGUUUUAUUUAAAAUCCCAUAGGAGAUAGUUCUCAGUUAUUUACCCAUCUCAAAACCUGAUGUCUUCCAGAAUAUCCAUUACUUAGAUCCGCUGCUAGAGCCACACGAUUGGAACAGAUAGAGCGCAGUGCAAAAAAAUAAUAAUAAUAGAUAUUUGUUUUAUGCAUUAUACCUAAUGCAUGGUAUUUGCAAAGCCUGUUUGCCUAUUUGCUUUGCUAUAUGUUCUGUAUGGAAGAGUAUACAGUGAUACGCACACAAACCUACUCCUAUUAAAAAAUUUAUGAGAGGCACCCUGAUGAGAAACGAAUACUCUUUCAGCUUCUUCUACCUCCCUGAGUGCUUAUUCAGUUUUGUUUGUUUUUAAUAAAAAGUUGUGCCAACCAGAAUUUGCUGGGAUAAUAUAGUAAUUUCCUUGUUUUACCAGGUAACACCAUGCUAGAAUCAUAUGUUGAGGAUUUAUUGCAAUUGAGCUGUAUUAUGUCAUGUGUUUAUUGUAGUUCUGGGGAAGCUGUAUCGAUGACAAAGUUGCAAAGUAAUAGAUUUUAAUAUAUUGUAAUAGCGGUUUUUAUUGGACUAACAAUGUUUUUGAAUGGUAAGCUCUCUGGAGUUAGUUAUUUUACCUGACAUUUAUAUUUAUUUUUAAAACAAA